CAGAAGAGACUGUCGUGGUUUUUGUGGAAAUGAUGUAACUUCCUAUGUGAAACGUUCGUAUUUUAGCACUGAGUGUCCUUGUAGCGGGUGCAAAUGCACGCACAUUUCGUUAAGUGUUCUCGUCGGAUGUUGUAGACACAACUAUCGUGUUUUGCCGUUUGUAAUCGUUUCUUGGAGGAGUACAAGAAAAAAAUCUUAUGGCGCUCGCAUCAAUGCACUGCCGUGGAGUAACGGUCGUUUUCUGUUUUUGCUUAUUGGUAUCUGGGAGUGUAGCAGAAAUAUUGCCUUCGAUAUUAUGGCAUCCAGAAAAUCAACUGUUUAAAAACCUUGGUGACACAACAAGAAAGGUCAUGGCAUUUGACAAACUGUCGAUCAUCUGUCCAAACUUGGUGCAAUAUCCCAUCAUAAGAGACACUUCUUUUUCUAAAGACCUUCUCUAUCAAAAUGUAUAUAUGGUGGAUGAAAAUGGCUACAACAACUGCAAUGCAACUGGGGGACUUAGUAUUUUGAGUUGUGAUGAUCCAUCAAAGUAUAGCCAUGCCACAAUUGUGUUUCAACCAUCAACUGCAGACAUCAAUGAUCCUAAAUUUAAGCAAGGGAAAGCAUAUUACUUUAUAAAUACAGCAUCUGGAUUGCUUAGCUCACUGACAAAUACACAAGGCGGGUAUUGCAAUCAAGGGAUGAAGUUGAAGAUGUAUGUUUGUAAUGGCAGCUCUGAUCCUAACUGUCCUGAAGGAAACAAAGUCUUUCAUGGUGGUUGGUGUGAUUGGAGUGAAUGCCUUGAUGGCCAUCAAACUCGGCACUGUAACAGUCCCACUCCAGCAAAUGGAGGAUUACCCUGCAUUGGUCCAGACAGAAGAUUGUGUACAGUAAAAUCUUCUCAAACUUUACCAUGUUCCACUACUAACAGUGAAACAGCAACAGAACCAGGAUUACCUUCAAAAGAUGGCAGAACUGGAGGUACCGAUAAGUUAUCAGACAAUGAACUUCGCAUAAACAAAGGAGUGUUUGUGGCGAUAUGUCUCAUAAUAUUACUGGUUGGGAUUGCUGUUGGUGGGGUGUUGUGCCUGCUGGUGUAUCGCAAGCAGAGACGAAACCAUAAAAGAAAAGUGAAGAUCACAAGAGUUCCCAGUGCUUUAUCCUCGACUAACUCUCGUCCCAAUUCAACAGUUUCAACGCUUUCCACAGUCAGUGAGAAUGCACCAAUUGUACCACCACAUAGCUAGUAAAGUAUUUCCACCUUACAUAGCAUUAGAUAGGACAUUUUUAACAAUUUUAUCCAUUUUAUAGAGCAUUAUAUGUAGACUUAUUGUGUGGACAACAAAAUACUCAAGAGCUAUUCAUGUAAAUAAUUAUGCAUCAUUUGCAAAUAACCAAGUACUGAAGAGCAAGUUAAAUAUUACAUUAUAUAACACCAUACAGUUUUAAACUGUGGGAUGAAAGCUCUAGCAGUUCAAAGAAUUUUUAUGACAUUGUGUAAAAAAGUACUGGACCGUAUUAUCAUUUUUAUCAACUUUACCACCUUUGUUUAUAGGUGUGUUGGUUGACUUCAAAGUGAUACUUCAUGUUUUACCAUAAUAGAAUUCAACUGGCUGUGAGUUUAUAGAUUUUGUAAAUAAACUUAGCAAUUUAUCAGGGCAGUUGAAAACAUUUUUGCUUAAAACAGAAUAUAAUUUAUUUAUCAUAGGAUGUAUCUCUUCCUAUUGUACACAAAGUCACAGUGGAAGAAUCUGUCGAGAAUGCACUUGCAAUGUAUUUGAGUGCCUGUGUGCCUCCUGCUUCUUCCAGUCUCUUGAAUUUUGUAAGGUGAUAUUGGUGAAAUAGAUCCAUUCAUCAAUAAUACAUGAAGAAACAUUUAUGAUCACAUAUACUGGAAUAUUUAUUAACUUUUCUAAGUAACCACAUUUUUAAAAUAAUGAUUUCAGACUGAAGUGUUUGACUAAUACAAGUAUGGGAGCUAAUGCAGUUCCAUGUCGUUUUUUGUUUUCUGUUUUUUUGCAAAAUCCAGCAAGCUUUCUUUAAUGGGUGUACAUGGUCUUUUCUCAAUAAUGUACAAUAUUAAGCACCUUUUGUUAUUUAAGCCUUAUGAUGUUAUUGUACAAUUUGAUAUUGUUGACCUUUGCCAAUUUUUUAAUUUAUCACAACUAUGUUGAAAGUCCUGUAUAUAUAUUUUUUAAUUUCUUAGAUAAAACCUAGAGCAGUGUACUCUGAACUUGCAGACGAAUAAAAAUAUACAAAGCAA